AUGUCUUCUCGUACUGCCAGCAGAACUCUCCGCGCCGCAUUGAAGCAGGCCCAGCGCCCCGCUGUCCAGCAGCAGCGCACUUACCUCAGCGCUGCCUUGAACGCUGCCCGCACCACUGCUGUCAAGCAGCUCCCCAGAGCUUCCGUUGCUGCUCAGCAGGUUCGCGGUGUCAAGACCGUCGACUUUGCCGGCGACAAGGAGCAGGUUUUCGAGCGCUCCGACUGGCCUCGUGAGAAGCUCCUCGAGUACUUCAAGAACGACACCCUUGCCCUCAUCGGUUACGGUUCGCAAGGUCACGGUCAGGGUCUCAACCUCCGUGACAACGGCCUGAACGUCAUUGUCGGUGUCCGAAAGGGCGGUGCCUCAUGGAAGGAGGCCGAGCAGGAUGGCUGGGUCGAGGGCAAGAACCUCUUCGACAUUGACGAGGCCAUCACCAAGGGUACCAUCAUCAUGAACCUUCUUUCCGAUGCCGCCCAGUCAUCCACCUGGCCUCACAUCAAGCCCCAGCUCACCAAGGGCAAGACUCUCUACUUCUCGCACGGUUUCUCCCCCGUCUUCAAGGACCAGACCAAGGUUGAGGUCCCCUCUGACAUCGAUGUCAUCCUCUGUGCCCCCAAGGGUUCCGGCCGUACCGUCCGUACUCUCUUCAAGGAGGGCCGUGGUAUUAACGCCUCCGUCGCCGUCUUCCAGGACGUCACCGGCAAGGCCGAGGAGAAGGCUGUCGCUCUUGGUGUCGCCGUCGGUGCUGGUUACAUGUACAAGACCACCUUCGAGAAGGAGGUCUACUCUGACCUUUACGGUGAGCGUGGUUGCUUGAUGGGCGGUAUCCACGGUAUGUUCCUCGCUCAAUACGAGGUUCUCCGUGAGCGCGGCCACUCCCCUUCUGAGGCCUUCAACGAGACCGUCGAGGAGGCCACCCAGUCCCUCUACCCCCUGAUCGGUGCCCACGGCAUGGACUACAUGUACGCCGCCUGCUCCACCACCGCCCGCCGCGGUGCCAUCGACUGGAGCGCCCGCUUCAAGGACGCCCUCAAGCCCGUCUUCGACGACCUCUACACCUCUGUCCAGACCGGUGAGGAGACCCGCCGCACCCUCGAGUACGCUUCGCAGUCCGACUACCGCGCCAAGUUCGAGGCCGAGAUGGAGGAGAUCCGCAACCUUGAGAUCUGGCGCGCCGGCAAGGCCGUCCGCAGCCUCCGUCCCGAGAACGCUUAG